AUGGUCAAAGGCAUGCUUUCGAAGCUCUCGCAGCUUCUCUGCCUCUUCCCCAUCCUCACACUAAGCCAGCAGACACCAAAUGGGCUGCCGUACACUGUGAGCAACAUUACUCUGCCCGACGGCAUCCAGAUGUUCUACCGAGAGGCCGGCCCUCCCAACGGCACGACCCUCCUGCUUCUGCACGGCUUCCCGUCCUCGUCCCACCAGUUCCGAAACUUCAUCCCCAUCCUGGCGGCGCACAACUACCACGUCAUUGCUCCAGACUACCCAGGCUUCGGGUUUACGGUGGUGCCCGACUCGCUGAACUACACGUACAGCUUCGAGGCGCUGACGGAGACGGUGGCGUCGUUCCUCGACGCGAAGAAUAUCACGGCCUUCGUCCCCUACAUGCACGACUACGGCGGGCCUAUCGGGUUCCGGCUCGCCCUACAACGGCCCCAGGCCAUCCUCGCCUUUAUCUCGCAGAACGCCAACGCCUACAUCGAAGGGUUUGGGGCUACCUUCUGGCCCCCAAUCUUCGCCCUCUGGAACGCCACCACGCCCGCCCAGUUCCAGGCCGCGGCCACCCCGAUCAACACCACCGCGCUGACGCUGGCCGGCAUCAUGUCCCAGUACACCAUCGGCAGCGCCCACCCGGAGCACAUCGAGCCCGAGUCGUACUGGCUGGACUACUCCCUGAUCAACGAGCAAAUCGGCAACAGGGACAUCCAGAUCGACCUGCUGACCGACUACCGCUCCAACGUGCCGCUGUACCCGCAGUUCCAGGCGUAUUUCCGCCAGCAGCAGCCCAAGCUGCUGGCCGCGUGGGGGGAGAACGACAUCGUCUUCGUCCCGCCCGGCGCCAAGGCCUUCAAGAAGGACCUGCCCAACGCCGAGGUGGUGUUGCUGAACGCGGGCCACUUCCUGCUGGAGACCAACUUGGCGGAGAUGUCAGGCAUCGUGUUGGACUUCCUGAAGAAGAAUCUCUAG